AUGACUCAUGCCUCUACCUCGCCCAAUUCAGAAGUUGAGUCCUCUGCAAGUCAUGUCACAAAUCACCUCAGUCUUAUGCCUCCUCCGAAAACUGCCUUUGGCCGAGCCUCUUCCAGCCUCGCCUCCAACAAACUGCAGCCACAUCCUUCAAAUGCCUUGGGAAGAGCCCUGACCGAUACUCCUGCGCCCAGUGCGCCCACCAGCCCGCAAAUACUCGCCCGUGGCAGUGCCAAUCUCUCGGGCACCGUAACUCCCAAACUGCGCGCCACCACCCUCGACAUCCCGGGUCUGACUCGGUCCAAAGUUUCGCCUGACGGCCGGAUAUCAGAAAGAGAUGUUGGGGCCAAACUGAUCAUAAUCAUGGUUGGCUUACCUGCCAGGGGAAAGAGUUAUAUUACCAAAAAGAUCGCCAGAUAUUUGAAUUGGUUACAACAUCCCACCAGGAUAUUCAAUGUGGGCGACCGUCGCAGAGUGGCUGCCGGCGUGGGACAACCCAUUUCUGACCAGACGGACGCUGCCCUUCGAGAGUCUGUCCGGCGCAUGAGCUCGACCACCAGCACGGCUGCAAAGAUGGUCGAUCAUGGGGAAUUCUUACCCCCGCCAGCCAUCAAGACCGAAAUCCGCGUCAACGGGGAAAUUGCCUCUCUAUCGACCGUGGCCAGUCCGCCGCCGACCGAUGAAUCCGCCGGCUCUGAAGAGAACCGUGAGCCCGUUACAAUGUCUGCUUCUGCACCGAUCGACCAGUCCGCUCGUUUUUUCGAUCCUCAAAAUGUGCGGGCGAAACAGAUUCGAGAGCAGGUGGCUCAUCAGGCGCUGGAUGAACUGUUAAAGUACGUCUUGGAGGAGGGUGGAUCGGUCGGAAUCUUGGACGCAACGAACCAUACGCAAGAACGACGGAUGUCGCUGAUCCAACAUAUUCGACAACGGGACGAGAACAUCAAUGUACUAUUCAUUGAGUCUCGGUGCCAAGACCAGAAUCUGCUUGAGGCAAAUAUGCGACUCAAACUAUCCGGCCCGGACUAUCGAGGCAAAGACCCUCUUGCGGCGUUGAAGGAUUUUGAGGAACGAGUACGGCAGUAUGAAAAGUCAUAUCAGAAGCUGGACGAAUUUGAAGAAGAACACAACAUGUCAUACUGUUCUAUGAUCGAUGUCGGUCGGAAGAUGGUCAGUUUCCAGGUCAAGGGGUUUCUUUCCAUUCAGACAGUGACUUACCUGAUGAACUUCAACCUGGCCCCGAGACAGAUCUGGAUCACCCGCCACGGAGAGUCAAUGGACAACGUCAACGGCAAGAUUGGCGGCGACAGUUCUCUGAGUCCUAACGGAGUAAGAUAUGCUCGGGACCUCAGCAAGUUCAUUGAAGAACAGUGGAAGGCAUGGGAGGCAAACCAAGCCGAGAAGAUGGCAAAUACACAUUUUCCCCCUCGACCGGGAGACACGACACCACCAAACCCUGCGUAUACGGCUCAAACUCUACAGGGACGAAAUUUCUGCGUGUGGACGAGCAUGCUGAAAAGAAGUAUCGAGACCAGUCAAUUCUUCAAUGAGGACGAAUAUGAUAUUAAACAAAUGCGAAUGCUUGAUGAAUUGAAUGCCGGGUCGAUGGAGGGCAUGACCUAUAUGGAGAUCCGGGACAAAUUCCAUCACGAGUACGAACUUCGGAAACGUAACAAGCUACACUACCGGUACCCUGGCCCGGGCGGUGAAGGAUAUUUGGAUGUUAUCAACCGCCUGGGAAAAGUGAUUCUAGAGAUCGAGAGGAUGACGGAUCAUGUCUUGAUCAUUGGCCAUCGCAGCAUUUGUCGUGUCAUCCUCGCAUACUUCAUGGGCCUCGACCAGGAAGACAUCAGUGAUCUAGAAGUUCCGUUAGGGAUGGUGUACUCGCUCGAACUGAGACCUUAUGGUGUCGACUUCAAGGCGUAUCGAUGGGACCCUACAACUGACGAGUUUGAACACGAACCGGACUAUCGGAUGAGGCGAGCCACCGACCCACAAGCAGCCUGA